AUGCCUGCGACCUACCAGGCUGGCCAGGGCCUGGACCGAGGGGCGCUGCAGCGGCUCUUGGACCGAAAGGGUGCCAGCCAGGGCAUUCUCAAGGAGUUGCCCGCUGAGGAUCGGUCGAAGCAGUGGGAGGGGCUCAUCGGCAGCGGGAAGAAGAAGCUUCGCUGCUCCCAGUGCACCAGGCCGAUCGAACCCGACGGCGUGACAGCAAGGCAGCUGAUCUGUGGCAGAUGCUCUGCUGGCGUUCCGGCAGACCCGCGCGGAAACGACCAGCGCCACAGGAAGUCGCUGGUCCUUGACAGCUGCGUGGACGAGACCAGCCAGGCACAGGAGCUUUGUCGGACGCCAAGCACGGAAGCAAACUCGGAGGAGCUAACGGCAUCUCAGCCUCCAACGCCACAAGAUGUAGACUUGACUUCUCUCAAGAAGCAGCUUGCGGGUGAAUGGCUCGGGCGGCAAGGCUGCAAAUACCAGGUGGUCUUCGGGGACCUCCAUGAUAUCCGCGUCACGCGCGUGCACCAGGACUCAACUGCACAGCCCGAUGUGCCGCUGUACUUGGACAUUCGAGAAAGGUUCUUGUGGUGGGGAAAGGACAGGCUCUAUUUCCUAGAUCUGUCUGAGGUCGACUGGCUGUCUGAGCCAGCAAGCCUCGUGUGGCGCGACCCGGGCUGUGGCCAGCGGCCCGACAUGGAGUGGCAGCGACCUGUUCAUGAACGUAACGACAGCUCAGGCAGUCAAGUUCGAGUCCAGCGCUGGGCUCGACGGACACCGCUCCAGACUGGCGAGGAUGUAGCACAGGAGCCAGGAAGCAUGCCAACGCAAGCAGACUCUGUGCCGGCUCAAUCCGCUUCGUCGCCCCAGGACGCGGAAGCGAAGCCACGGCAGUCGAAGGCGCAGACUUCAUCGCGCGCAGUCUGGAAGCCUGUUGUGCGCGCGAACUCUACGGACAAAGCUCAGGAGGUGCCUGACGAGAGCCGCAAGGCGGCUACGGACCGGAAGGACGAGCUCGCCGAAGAAGCCCUGCGGGAGAUCAUCAGCCAGCUGAAACGGCCUGGCAAUGGUGGCUACGUUUGGGUCGACGACUGGAACGAACGGUUCAAUGCCACCUUGGGCACCGUCAGGAAUUUCAUUGAGUCCAAGCCGGACAAGUUUCAAGUCACACCGACGACAGGGAGGGGCUACCGAGUGAUGCUCGUGACUGAAACGCGACCGUCCAAACCGGUGUGGCGAAAGCUUCGAGGCGCUUCCUGA